AUGACCACCGGUAUCUAUGCCUUCUUCUAUUUGUAUAUCUUCUCUUCGAUCAUUCUCUAUUUUGUCUCCGGCGCUCUCCUCAUCGCCAUGAUCGUCCAGAUUAGAUUACGCGAGAAGUACUCCGUUUUCGCUGUCAAAUUUCUGAUCGAUCUCGUGACCGCCUCUUGCCUGUUGGCGAUGGCGUUUCUCGAUAAAUCGGCAGACAACACCCAAUGUGGCAUUGUACAAGUGAUCUCGGCGAGUGUGCCUCUUGUACAGUGUCUCUUGUUAAUGUGCGAAGUGAUCGAUUGGUCAUUGGCCGCGUUUUCACCAAUCUAUUUUCAUCAAUCUUCGUUGAUUUGCAGAAUAUUGCCAUUUUUGAUCGGUGCCCUUUUCUCUGUGAUCAUUAUGGCUUGUCUUGUCAUCAUCGAUUUGGAUACAGAGGGAGAAUGCGUGGAAUCGUCGAAUACAGCAAUUCUCACCGCUUACGACAUGACAUUGAUCUUGGCGUUGGCGUGCGCGAUUGCACUUGGCGUGCUUCUCAAAAAGCAACUCAACUCAGCCUUUUUUCGACCAGUUGUCUUUCAUUUUGUGGCAACAACUCUCUUAUUGAUCACUCCAAUCAUCGUCAUCGUUAUUAUUCGUUACGUUCACUUAACAAAAUCACAUGUGGCUUGUGAUAUCGCAAAUUUGUUGGUUUUUGUGCAUUCAGUCGCACAUUCUUCGUAUUUUGUCUACAAUCAUGAGGAUGUUCGGCAAGGCCUUAAAGCAACUUUUUGUCAAUUCCGAGUGCUGACCGCGAUUCGUCAAAACUCUUGCGUUUCG